AUGGCGGAAGAUGAUGCGAUCUUUGACCCUUCCUUGAUGAAGAAAAAGAAAAAGAAGAAGACUCCGUUCGAUUUGGAUGCGAUGGCAGGAGCGACGGAAGAACCGACAGAGGCAGAAACGGUGACACCAAGCGAGUCGAAACCGUUGGCCGACGGGGAGGACGAUUUGGAUCUGGAGAACUUCAACAAGAAAAAGAAGAAGAAGAAGAAGCCAUUCAAUCUGGACGAGCUGGAAGGGGCCCUGCCUACGGGUACCGGUGAGGGUGAUGCAGAUGCAAAGGAAAGCAAGGAAGAGGGCGAGGUCGGCGCUGAUGAUGGGCUGGACGAGGACUUUAAGUUAGAUUUUAGCAUGAAAAAAAAGAAAAAGAAGAAGAAGGAUCUUACAGAACUGAUGGAGCAGGAGCAGGUGGACGGACAGGACCCACUGGACGACGAGAAGGAAAAUGGCCUUACCGAGAGCGACGGGAUCGUCACCGAAACUGUGGAUGAAAAUGUUACUUCCUGGGCAGGAUCAGAUCGUGACUAUACGUACGAUGAGCUAUUGAACCGCGUGUUCGAGAUCAUCCUCGAUAAGAACCCGGAGAUGGCAGGCGGAAGGAAGCCUAAGUUUGUGAUGCGCCCGCCGCAGGUGUUGCGCGUCGGCACGAAGAAGACGUCGUUCGCGAACUUUACCGAAAUCUGCAAAACGCUGCAUCGGCUACAGAAGCACGUGCUGGACUUUCUGCUGGCGGAAUUGGGUACGAGCGGAUCGGUCGACGGUAACAAUCAGCUCAUCAUCAAGGGUCGCUUCCAGCCUAAACAGAUCGAGAACGUGCUGCGACGAUACAUCAAGGAGUACGUCACCUGUCACACCUGCCGCUCACCGGACACGAUCCUCCAGAAAGACACCCGCCUGUUCUUCCUGCAGUGUGAAUCCUGCGGGUCCCGGUGUUCCGUCGCUAGUAUUAAGUCUGGUUUCCAGGCCGUCACCAGUAAACGUGCCGCCAUGCGUGCUAAGACAGCCUAG